AUGCGUGAUGUGCUGCCCGCGGAGGCUAAACGGUGGCAGCUGAUUGAAAGCACCGUACACAAUAUUCUGCGCCAGUUUACGUACGAAGAAAUUCAUCUGCCGCUACUCGAAUUUACCGAGUUGUUUGCACGUGGGGUAGGCGAGGCCACGGACAUUGUCGAAAAAGAAAUGUAUACCCUCGCUGAUAGAGAUGGUGAUUCUUUAAGUUUGCGGCCGGAAGGCACAGCCAGCUGCGUUCGUGCACUGCAGGAGAAUGGCCUGCUUUACAAUCAAACUCAGAAGGUUUUCUACAGCGGCCCCAUGUUUCGUUACGAGAAGCCGCAGAAAGGGCGUUACCGUCAGUUUUAUCAGAUUGGUGCAGAGGCGUUUGGUUUUGCCGGACCCGAUAUAGAUGCGGAACUCAUCAGUCUGGGUGCCAGCUUCUGGCGUCAGCUGGGGUUGGAUAAACACGUGCGGCUUGAAAUUAACACGCUGGGUUCCGGCGCGGCGAGGCAGGCGUAUAAAAAAGCGCUGGUUGAUUACUUAACCCCCAAAGCGGCGCAAUUGGAUGAAGACAGUCAGCGUCGUCUGCUGACUAACCCGAUGCGCAUCCUGGACAGUAAGAAUGAGCAGACCCAGGCGAUAUUGGCGCAGGCACCUGAUCUGUCUAUGUUUGUGGAUAGCGCCAGUCAGGCCCACUUCGAUGAGCUGCUGGAACUUUUGACGGCGCUGGAUAUCAACUAUGUACGUAAACCCAAUCUGGUUCGAGGCCUGGACUACUACACCGAUACAGUUUUUGAAUGGGUAACCGAUGAUCUGGGUGCGCAGGGAACAAUCUGCGCGGGUGGACGUUACAAUACGCUGGUCGAACAACUCGGCGGUCGACCGACGCCGGCAGCCGGGUUUGCCAUGGGUUUGGAUCGCGUGCUGUUGUUGCACGAGGUGAUCAACCAGAGUGCGAUGAAUCCUGCAGUAGACGUCUAUGUUUGUUACUCUGCGCCGCAAUUUGCAGCCCAUGCCCAGAAGCUGGGCCAAUGGCUGCGUGAGCAAGUGCCGGGCAGUGAUCAUCAGGGGUUGAAAGUCCGGGUCAAUAUGGGCGGCGGAAACUUCAAAAAACAGCUCAAGCGUGCUGAUGCGGCGAACGCAACCUGGGCGAUAUUGAUGGGACCUGAUGAAGUAGCCGCAGAUCAAUUGACGCUGAAAAAUUUAACAGACGGGCAACAGAUCACGUUACCGAAAGAUGCUGUAGUGAGUCACCUGGGGUUAUUGGUGUCGGAAUACCUAGAAGAAGAAGAACAAAUUGCCAAGCUGCGCUCCUGGUGGAGUGAGUAUGGUGUCACCGUCAUAGUUGCAGUGGUUUUGUCUGUGCUAGCCAUCGUCGGCUGGCGCUGGUACGACAGUCACAAGCAGACCCAGGCUUAUGAAGGCGCCAAGGCCUAUGCCACUUAUCAGGCUGCACAAGGAAGCGAUAAAGAAGCUGCCGGCAACGCUAUCCUGGAAAACUUUGCGGGCAGCGCGUAUCACGUAUUUGUUCUGUUGGACCGUGCGCAAAGCGCUGUUGCAGAGGGUGAUCUGAUGGCGGCCGAGGCGCUUCUGACAACGGCAGUGGACGAAGCUGACUCAGUGCUGCUGCGAGAUCUCGCAAAAAUCAGAUUGGCCAAAGCGCAGCGUGGUCUUGAUAGAACAGACGAAGCCCUGGCCACCUUGGAUGCCAUUGGAAACUCGGGUUACAGUUCGUGGGCGUUGGAAGCAAAAGGCGACAUUUUUGUCUCUCGCGGUGAACUUGAAAAAGCUUAUCUGGCCUACAGCGCGGCGUUAGAUGCGCUGGCACCCGGUGAGCAGCGCCCGAUUCUUGCUAUGAAGCAUAAAAAUGUUACGCCGUUUGAGGGUGAAUAUGUUGAAUUCACCGAUACGCUCGAAGCUGCGCUGCAGGAUGCUCAAACCACACUGGCCGCUCCAGCUGCAGAAGUGGAGGAACAGGCAGAAACUGCUGAAUCAGCAGCGUCCUGGUUGCCCUGGGUAGACGACAAAGAAGUAGAUCCGGCUGAACCUGCAAAGCUGGUCAAGUUUGAUGCAGAAAUUAAACUGGAUCGACUCUGGAAAAAAUCGGUAGGCGAUGGCCUGGGUAAAAAGUAUCUCAAGUUACCUCCCGCGAUAGUGGCGGAUCGAAUUAUUGCUGCGGAUGGCUACGGCCACGUGCAGGCUAAUGAUCGCUUCACCGGUAAACGCCUAUGGGAAACGGAAGUGGGUGACGUAGGUGGCGGUAUGUUUUCCGCUUUGAAUUUCAUUGACCGGCGCGAUCCCAGCUUCGUCUCUGGUGGGGUGGGGUCUGGUGACGGAAAAGUCUUCCUGGGUACAACGGCAGGUUUUGUCAUUGCUCUGGAUGUAGCAGACGGCAGUGAGCUAUGGCGUGCUGAUCUGGCCAGCGAGGUGAUUGCGCCGGCCGUAGCAGAUGACGGCCUGGUGUUCGCUCAAACCAUUGAUGGGCGUCUGGUUGCCAUGGACGGCGAUACCGGUGAAAUCCAAUGGACCUUUGAUAAUCAACUGCCCAUUCUGACCUUACGUGGCACCAGUACGCCGGUGAUUGCUGAAGAUAUUGUUUAUGCGGGUUUUGCUAAUGGGAAAAUUAUUGCUCUGCGGGUAGAAAACGGCGAACCCAUCUGGGAGCAUCGUGUCAUGCUACCCGAGGGCCGUUCCGAACUUGAACGUAUGGUUGAUGUGGAUACCACACCCCUGAUCAAUGGACCUGCGGUUUAUGUUGGUGCGUUUCAGGGUCGCGUGAAAGCUCUGUCGCGUCGUGAUGGACGAGCCCUGUGGGAACUGGAAGUCUCAACAUUCCAUAACCUCAGCGAAGGUUAUGGACAGAUCUAUGUUGUGGACGAUGAGGAUAUUGUAUCUGCCUAUGAUCAGCAGACGGGUGAACAGGUCUGGAUUAACGAAGAUUUCAAGCUGCGUGGCUUGAGUGCGCCACUGGCAUUUUCGAACUAUGUUGUGUUUGGAGACAGUGACGGUUAUCUGCAUGUCAUUGCGCAACGCGACGGGCGCCAUCUCGGGCGGCGUAAACUAGAUGGUGACGGCAUCCGCAGCGAAUUAGUACUGGGCGAAAGCACACUCUACGUGCUGGGUAAUUCCGGCAGCCUGCAUGCCCUAGACAUCGAGUUGAAGUAA